AUUGAGUUAUAAGCCAUUCCUAUCUUCUCUUUGUCUCCCUUCCUACCAACAACACUUACCAUUCUCUCUCUCUCUCUUCAAUUUUCUAGGGUUUCGCUUCUUCCAUUGGCAUGUCUUCUUCUUCACAUCGCAGUUUUUCAGGUUUGAGAAGAUAACCUAGUGUUGUGUAUUCACCAACUGUCUUGCCCGGAUGUCGAUGAUGGAAUGCCGUAAAGAUUUUCUCAGUUUUCUUGAUUCUGACAUGUCUCUCAAGAUACUCAUGUGUCUUGAUGAUCCAGUAGACCUUGUUCGUGUCAGCUGUGUCUCGCGAUCUUGGAGACACUACGUGAUUGUAAAUAGCCUUUGUAAGCAGCUGUGCUUGAGAAUAUUUCCUCAAUUAUCUAGAGUUACCCGUGUCGUUGAAACGAAUCAACAUGGAUUGGAGGAAACCCCGGAAGUUGGAUCCAGCUCUUCUAUGGAAUGGCUAGCUCUGCAGAGAGAUCAUAGAGUCUAUGCUUAUUUAGCUAGAUCUUUCAAGUCAUCUGUUUCUAUGAAUUGCAUUGCCAAGACAAUUGUUGCUUCUAGCACUGAUAAUUUUCCUCAGGAGAGCAUUGAUAAUACUCUGGAGCCAAGUGACCACAUUGCUGGUAGAUAUUCCUACUGGUCAAGUAAUGGACAAAGUAAUCCCAACGUGCCUGAGACAUUAACAUAUGAGUUAGCCUCUCAAAUUUGUGUUGUUACAGAGAUCAAUAUCCAGCCGUUCCAAGCUUACUUUCAGAUGGGGGGACCUAUCUAUUCAGCAAAAUCUGUUCGGUUUAAAAUGGGUCAUAUUAAUGCCUCUUUAGAUGCUUCAGCUGAUGAAAAGAUUGUAUGGACCUACACUUCACCGGAGUUUCCAAUGACUCAGGAAAACGAGCUGCAGAAUUUCAAGCUUCCAGAACCUGUACUUUGUAUUGGCGGUAUCUUACAGGUUGAGCUUUUGGGAAGGGUACAGAGACAAGAAAUGGAUGGCUUGCUAUACAUUUGUAUUUCUCAUGUUCAAGCUGUGGGGAGCUUGUUGUCACCUGCAUUUAGUGUUGACAUUCUGGAGCCCUCUGGAAUGUUUGUGUUGAAGUGUGACCGGAACUAUCAGCCCCCAGCGACCUCUGAAGAAGAAUCUGGUGCAAAUUCCACUGAUUAUAUGCAGAGGGGACUGAGAGAUUUCCAACAGAUUGUGACUAUAUUGCGUGGACAUGUAAUAGGAGUUGUGGAAGAUGAUUGGGAUGAGGAAGAAUAUGAAGCUGAUGAUUUUGAAGAAGAAUAUGCUCUCUGACCACCUUUGCUGUCAUAAAGUUCUUUGCCCUCCCUAAACAGAAAAUAUAAGAAUCACUCCAGUUGAGGAGUGGUUGUAUUGAAAUCAUAUGUUUUCCCUUUGUGUAGCGUUUUAAAGUUCAGAAUUUUCUGCUCUGACUACUGAUUUUAUUCCAAGUACCUACUUUUCCUGUAGAUGAUCUUGGAUGUAAGACAAGUAUAACUUUUUCUGCGGUUAUAUUAUUAUGGUGUAGUUGUACAAA